AUUAUUAAAAAGAAAUUUCUAGUUGGAAGAUAAAUUUUCGAAGUGUUCAUGCUAAUAAAUAGGAAUAAUAUAGUAUAUUCAAUAGAAAAAAAAAGGUACAGUAAAGAGAGAGAAUUUAUCUUCUAAUCAUGCUUUUUAAUAAAAAUGAUUUAAUCUUAAGUAAUGUAAAAUAUGGGGCUUAAUUGUUUCUUUAUGAAAUUUUAUAUAAAUUCAUGUAGAAUACUCUUCAUUAUGUAUAUGAAUAAUGAAUAUAUAUAUAUACAGUAUAUAUAUAUAUAUAUAUACUAAUAUAUGUAUACAUACACUCUUAUGUACAUAUAUAUUAUUCUAUUCUUUCCAUUGUAUUUUACUGUUUAGAUUUAUUAGACGCAGAUAUUAUAGUCCUACCUAAAAGCGGAUGUAUAUUUCUAUAUUCUCUGCUUGUACUUUUAUAUUAUUUUACAGAUAAUGUCAAUAGAUAUAUUGAUUAUAUUUAAAUGUAACAAUCUCAAUUUUUUUGUACUUUAUGUUUUUUUGCAAUAGCCUAAGAUGUAUACUUGUAGAUUAGUUUAAAGGUAAAAGUAUAUAUUGUAUGUAUAACAUACUUAAGUUUUUAUAAAUAUAUACAUAUUUCUAUUUAUAUGUAUUAUAUGUUCAACACUCUUAUAUACGUAAGUAUAAAUAAUCGAAUAGUCUCUUCACAACGAUAUGUUUAACUUAUAAAUUGAUUUCUCAUUGAUUUAUGCGGCCUGCCUUAUCCGGUCAAUAUUUGAUUUAUACAGAAACAGUUUUAUACAAUACAAUAAAACUUCUGUAGCUAUAAUAUGAUUUGAAAACAAUAUUCUAAAUUAUAGAAAUUUAAGGAAUAUCUUCUUUUUUUAUUUAAAAAAAAAGAGUAAUCAAAAAAAAAAUUUUCUUAUUCAUUAUGGAGAGAACGCCAACGCCUAAAAGCUUGAAACUUUUAACUGAGCAUGAUAUCGAAUCAAUGGGAAAAUGUAGCUCGCUUUCUAAUUAUUCGUAAGUAGAGAAUGGGGCAGUGUAGGCCUUGUGCCGAUAGAAAAGAAGACAUUGUAACUGAAAUUUUAUGAGACAAUGACAAUGAGUAGAGUUGAUAAUAAAGCGGAUGGUCUUUAUAAGAUAAUAUAAAAAUCGAUCUUAUUGAACUAACCACCCCCUUGUCUAUCUCUGUCUCUUUGCCUUUUUCUCAUUUCUAAUUCUCAUGCUGCGAGCUGUGUCUAUCAAGCUCUCUAUUCAACUUUUGUUGCUCUCUCUAUGAGCUCUCUAUUUCAACUGAGUUUUUAUGUUGUGUCAACGCCUUCAGACUAUUGUUGUAGACGCCUCCUCUGAAUGUUUCAAUCGUUUUUCAGCUGCGUCGAUCAAGCGUCACUUAACGCUUCCGCUGUAAGGCCGUUAAGCGCCUUCCACCAACAACAAAGUCCGGGAGCCGUUAAAAACGAUUAUAUAGCCCGGUUAAACGCUUUAAACCAAGCGCUAUAUGAUUCAGAAGUUAAUAAUUGGACGGCAGCUCUUAAAAGAUUUGAUAAGAAAUUAUUGAAAAUGCCUAUGCCAAAAUUUGGAGGUGGUAAGAUAAUUCGAGAUACUGCAUCGAUUACCAACAAGGUUACGCCUGAUAAUCAUCUACAACUUCAAUUAGCCGUUAAAGAAAAAUUGGAAAUUCGACGCAAACCAAGAAGAGACCCGCCGAUAGCUUUAGUUGAAGGAGUUCAGGUUAUAAAAGAUUCUAAUACCGAAAGAAAAUCAAUUCAACCAAGGAAUGCUGGCCAUAUGAAGUUGCUUUUAAGAGCAUCUGUUUCAAAUGGUCCAGUUCAAACAGCAGCCGUUCAAACGGAAAGAUUAAGAAGAGCGGGAAUGAUGCAAUCUCCCAAGGAUUUUACUGUUAAAACUGAAAGAAUCCGGAGCGUUGGAGGUUCUUUACCAUCUGCCAAAUCCGGUGAUAUUAGGAGAAGAAAACAAUCGUUCAAGCCUACUUAUUCCACUAGAAAUAGUAUAGGUACUAGUAUAGAACAAGAGUUACACCCAAUUGCAAGAAAAUAUGAUCUAAAGGGUGCCACUACCCCAAAUCCUCCUGCCUCAACUCCAAUAGAAAGACCUUAUAGCGGUAAGAAUGUCGUUCAUCUAUUACCUCCAAAGAAAUUUGAACAAGGACGGGAAGUUUUCCCGGAAGACCCUAUGAUUUAUAAUUAUAGAAUGCCAUUAAAUCAUCGAGGACCAAGGAAUUAUUCUUUUAGGCACCAUAGAGCUCCCAUGGAAACCAGUUAUACGGUAACAGGUUAUUCCCGUGGCAUAAUGAUAGAUAACAGAACAAAGGAGUCAGCUAAUGGUUAUAAUCAUACAAACGGUGUUAUAAAAAGGGGAAGAGAGACGGAAGAUAGUAGCGUGAGAUCGAGAGAAGACGGAGAAAAUAUCGAAGAAUUUGAUAAAAAUAACGAUACAGAGAACAGUUACUCAUCGCCUCCAUCAUCUCCAGUAGAAACGAAGAGUUAAAUAAAUGAACAAUUUUUGGAAUUUCUCUCCUACUUUUUAAUUAUUUACAAACCAAAAAAGAAAGAAACAAAAAUCGAAUAAAUAUUCUGCUAUUUCUAUACAAAAUAGAAAUUUA